CAACCACGUAGCGCCCAAUCGAUUUUCAGGACAAGGUAGCUCAAUUUGGGAACACAUUCCAAGCGUUAAAAAAAGCGAGGAUUACCAGUGGGAAUACGGGUACUUUACAAAGUUUUGUUGAAAUUAACAAUUGAUGUUUGACCGUAUAGGACAUACCUAUGUUGCACCGUGCACGCUACUUUAGUAACCCUAAACAUCGUUGAAAUCCUGAAGUAUUGUGAUUAAACGAUUCGAAAGAUGAGUGAAAAUGACAGUUUAACGUGCGAUAAUUGCAAACAGAAAAUUGCAUCACAGAAUUAUGUUACACACACAGCGCACUGCAGCAGACACAUAGAACUCUGUAAUAAAUGUGGGGAACCAGUACCCAAACAUAAUAUCGGUGAACAUAACAGUCUGGAGCAUGCCAAUGAGACAUGCUCAGGCUGCAAGGCAAGCAUCGAGAAAAGACUUCUUGAAAAACAUAUGCAAUCAGAAUGCCCGAAACGCUUCAUUUCCUGUCUUUACUGUGAGUUAGAGUUGCCUUUUAGCGACAUGACUGCACACACUGAUUAUUGCGGCACUCGCACUGAGAAAUGUGAAGACUGUGGAGAAUAUGUGAUGUUCAAAUACACACAAUUGCAUUUAGAUUCAAACCACAAGUUUUUAAAAUUGGAAGAUGAACCCGGACCGAGUGCAUCUUGGGAAGUAACUGGAGCUACUGCAUCUAGUGCGAGAGCAACUAGUCUCAAGAAUGGAGAUGCCACAUUAUUGCCGUGCGAAUUCUGUGAUGGUAUGUUUACACCAAAUGAGUUGAGACGACAUCAGAUAUCAUGUACGCUUGGCUGGUGCACCACUAAUCCUGUACUUAGAAAAAUGUCAGUUGUCCGAUGUGACAUUUGUCACAAGUCGAUUGCUUCACGGGAUUAUGAAGUUCAUCGUACCGUAUGCGACCAGCGAGAUGUUCCUAUCCACGCAGAUGUGGUAAACACAAGCGUUAUUCCACGUGACACAUGUGAUUCAGCUGGUCCUUUUGAUGAAUAUAGAACACACCAUACUCAAUACUCAGGAUAUCCAUUAAGGUCUUCAUUGGCUGAUAAGAUAUUGGCAGCCCGGGCCAGGGGAGAGUCCUGUAUAUUAUGUGACAUAUGUAACAAAUCACUCGAACUUAUAGAUUAUCAGAGGCAUCGCAUUAAUUGCUUCGGAAAUGAACGUGGCAACCUAUUAUCUUCCACUCGUUUGUGCCAAAUGGAUGACUCUACAACAAAGUUGCCCUGUGAAUUUUGCGAGGAAAGUUUUAGCCCUCACAGAUUGGCUGCACAUCAAAUUUUAUGUUCUCCUGCGGGUCAACAGGCAACAAUACCUUGCGAGCUCUGUGGCGAAUUGAAAUCUCUUGCUGAGGUUCUGCAACAUCAAAUGUCAUGCAAAGUAUCAGGUGAUCAAUAAAGUUACACGAGAUCGAAAUGAGUAAUGCUAUUGUAACGCAGUACUGCAGAAAAAAGAACGGAUUUUAGCCUCAGAAUGACGCAGGAGAUUGAGUUUGUAGAAUUUGAGAAUAUUUUGCUUCAUUUUAAACCAUUUCUAAAGUUGUAAAAUACACAUGUUUCCUAAAAAUGCUCCAAUAAUUAACAUUACGAGUUUCAACCUCAUGAAAGUACUCGAUUAAUACCAUAUUAUAUAUCUGUGUAUUUCACAGGGAAAAAAUCCAAAAUUUCUCCAUUGGCGAAUUCAAAAAUAGAGAAUCUGAAAUUUUCAAUCUGAUAAUUUAUAUAUCACAGUAUGGUUUUUUUUUGUGUACUCAGCUAUCGAAAAAACUUGUAAACUACGCUUUUGUUACAUAAAGUAUCAUGUACACAAUCGAGGCAUUAAUGCUUUGCUAUUCAAGUCGUUGGAAAAAAGAAUUUACGCAAUGCACUUAGCAUCCAUUUUCAUCAAUUGAAGAAAAGCCAGUUAACCCCAACACCUACUCAUGUCAGAUGCAUGGUAUAACUCUUCUAUUUCUCCUGUUAGUAUCCUAGAUUAGAGUAAAUUAACCCCUACACUAUGAUAAAAUCAAGUUGCAACACAUAGUAUUUAUUAGCUAUUUUAUAGCUUCAUUGAUGAAAGUUCUCAACUAUAGAUUGUAUUUUAAUUUAACUCAUAUGAAAUAUAAAAGUUAUAAAACAUUCUCUAAUACUAGAAUAGUCAUAUACUGGACACCUAAUAUCGAGUAUGGUAAGUGAUGCUUUUUAAAACUGAUCUCGUACUAGACUUUCUUGCAUUUUUUAACAUAACGCGCACUGUCAUUUUUACUUAUUAUAUUUUGCGUUGCAAUGAGAUUUUAUUAUGGUUAGUUUAGAACUAAAAUUGCUACUAAGAUUCUCUAGAUAUAUGUAAUAUUUUUUAUUCAACUACUUAUAAUAUACUUUUCAUCCAUCGAAAUUAUGUAUUUAUAUUAUCAUGUUUAUGAAAUAUUAAAUACUAUUGCAUGCGCAUAUUGUGGUCUCUUCUUAUUCCUUCUCAUAUUUGUGUUUGAUGUCCUUCCAUUGUUUCUGAAAAUAACAUAGCAUUACUACAGGAUUUAGCAAACAUAAAUAUGCAUUAAUUAGUACAAGUGGAAAUCUUUACCUUUACUAGAUUUGUCAAUUAGGUAUUUGAUGAAAAUGAACCAUGAAUAAUUAUGAUUAAAAAUGUCAAUAAAUGCAACAAAGAAUCAAUUUUACUGUUGGAAAAUUC